AUGAAUCCGUCCAUCUUGUUAAAGAACGGAACGGUAUUGCUCCACGGCGACGGCGACGUGCCAUAUCCACGACGAACGGACAUAUUGAUCGAGGGCAACAUCAUCUCCCAGAUGGGCACUAAUCUGGCGGCGCCGUCCGCAGACACCAAGGUCAUCGACUGUCGGGACAAGAUCGUGGCACCGGGAUUCAUCGACACACACAACCAUCUCUGGCAGACGCAAUUGAAGGGGCGGCAUGCGAACGACCUGUUACUGGAUUACCUGCCGAAGGGCAACAUGCAAGGCUAUUUCUACACCGGCCACGACAUCUUCUGGGGCCAGCUGGGUGGCGCGCUGGAAGCCAUCGACGCCGGCACCACCUGCGUGGUCGACCAUGCGCACAUGAACUACUCGCCUGAAACCGGAACCAACGCUGUGUCUGCAACCGUGUCGUCCGGCAUCCGUGCCUUCUUCUGCUACUGUCCCACGAGCCGGGUGAAGUCGUGGUGCCCGUUGACCAAGGACGACGACCUGCUCCCUCCCUGGCUCCUGACGCAGCUGGAGAGCCUGGCGAAACAAUCGCCCUUCGGCGACGGGCGCGUCCACAUCGGUCUGGCCUUCGAUUGGUUCUUGAUGCCCAAGCAGGCGGUGGUGGAUCUGUUUGAGAAAGCCAGACGCUGGGGGGUCAAGCUCAUCACGGCACAUUACACCAAGGGGCCGUAUUCUGGCGACUUUUCCCCCAUCCAGAUCCUCGAGUCGUACGGCUUACUGGCGUCGGAUCUCAUCUUCUCGCACUCAAACGCCGCCGACAUGCGAGACGCCGACCUGCUCAAGCGUCGCAACGCAUUCGUCUCCUGCACGCCGGAAACAGAGAUGCAGAUGGCGCUCGGGGAGCCGCUGGCGUUUCGACCAGAGUUUGCGUCCCAGUGUGCGCUGGGCGUCGACUGCCAUUCCAACAAUUCCUCUGACAUGAUGACCCAGAUGAGACUGGCACUCCAGUACGCACGAGCGCGCGCCAACCAGGCCUUUCUCGACCACGGCAAACUCCCCCGGAGACUGCAGGCCCUGGUCGAAGAUGCCUUCAACUUGGCCACUAUCCAGGGCGCGCGCGCCGUUCACAUGGAGGACAAGAUCGGCACCAUCGCUCCGGGUAAGUUGGCCGACCUGGUGCUCUUCGCCACCGACAGCCCUGCCAUGAUCUGUGCCGCUCAACACAACCCACUGGCAGCCGUGGUGAUGCACGCCUCGGUGCGCGACGUCGACACCGUCAUUGUGGACGGCCAGAUUCGCAAGGAAAACGGUCGUUUGCUGCCAUGUGAACUGGAUCCCGGCCUCGUCUCUGGGUCUAGGUCUGGAUCGGAGCAGGUGACGUGGACGUGGGCCGACAUUGCUGCCCAACUUUUGAAGAGCCAAGGUCGAGUGCAAAGGGAAAAUGAAAAGGUCGACAUGACAAACAUGCUCGACCGGGUCAUCGAGGCUCACAAGGUCGAUCCAAACAGCGUGGUUGAUUCGAUCGUAUGA